GUUAGUUUCACUUGCGUUUUGCGCGGCGGGACUCUCCGAGGACAUGGCGUGUAUGGACGUCUGCGGAUUUCGGGACCUGGAUCUGGACUUCUCGCCUUUCGGAGCGAGAAGUCCUUGUCUGAGUGGAAGCGGGGCUUUUGGGGUCGCGGAUGGGCAGUUGGCUGUGCCGGUCGGGUUGGACCCCGUGGAAUUCCUGAAGUCAUACAGUGAAGGAGAGGAAGGAAUAAGAAUAAAUAUUAACCAUGGAACAACCACUUUGGCCUUUAAAUUUAAACAUGGGGUGAUUGUGGCUGUGGACUCCAGGGCCUCAGCAGGAAAUUACCUUGAUUCUGUGAAUAUAAACAAGGUGAUUGAAAUCAACCCCUUCUUGCUGGGUACCAUGUCUGGAAGUGCUGCUGAUUGUCAGUACUGGGAAAGACUGCUGGCCAAACAGUGCAGAUUAUACAAACUGAGAAACAAAGAACGCAUCACGGUGUCAGCUGCUUCCAAACUGCUGAGCAAUAUGAUGUGUGAGUACAGAGGCAUGGGGCUCUCCAUGGGCAGCAUGAUCUGUGGCUGGGAUAAGAAGGGCCCAGGACUCUACUACGUAAAUCAGAAUGGGACAAGACUGUCUGGAGAAAUGUUUUCCACUGGUUCUGGAAACUGUUAUGCUUAUGGUGUCAUUGACAGUGGCUACAGAUAUGAUUUGACGGUGGAAGAAGCCUGCAACUUGGCACGGCGGGCCAUUUACCAUGCCACACAUCGCGAUUCGUACUCUGGAGGCUUUGUCAACAUGUAUCACAUGCGUGAAGAUGGCUGGAUAAAAGUUUGCGAGGAUGACGUUGGUGAGCUUCAUUACAAGUAUGGAGCUGAGAAAACCAAGACUCUCCAGUGAGGACAGUCACCAGAACAAGCUGGCCAGUUCAGCAGUAUCAAACCGUUAGACUCACAAAAACUGUUUGCCUAAUCUGUAAAUGGAAUCCUUUCAUUUUGUAAUCCUAAAAUCAAAUAAAAAAUUCCAGGAAAA